AAACAAGUUAUUGGUAAAGAUUUUAAUGACCCUAGUAUUCAAGACUACAUGAAGACAUGGCCUGUUACAGUAACAAAUAAUAAUGAUUUGUGUAAAUUUGAUGUUGAAUAUCAAAAUAAACCAGCUUCUUUCUCUCCUGUAGAAAUAGCUACUGUUAUUUAUUCCAAAGUUUUAGAGACUGCAGAGAGUCAUGGUGGUCGAGGAAUUAAAGAUGCUGUUUUAGCAGUUCCUUCAAAUUUCACUGUCCAUCAACGAGAACAAAUCAGUGAAGCUGCCAGUAAAGCAGGAUUCAAUGUAUUAAGAUUAAUCAAUGAAUCAGCUGCAGCAGCUUUAGCUUAUGAUAUUGGUCAAACAGAUCCUAAUGAUGAAUGUAAUGUAAUGGUAUUACGAGUUGGAGGAACAUCAACUGAUGUAUCUAUUAUACAUAUUAACAGAGGAAUGUAUAAAGUUAUAAAAACUCUCACUCUAGAGAAAUAUGGUGGAGAAAAUUUUACUGAUGUUUUAACUAAAAAUCUAGUCUCCGAAUUUAAAAGG